GAGAAAUAUCGGCCAGUAUCAAGGAAGCUCUCGUGAAGUGCAGUUUUGCCAUGGUCGUCUGGAUUACAUUGUCCGCUUUGUUAGGAUUCAUUCCGCUCGUAUUUUGUAAUCCUGUUUUCCAGAACGGGACGCGUCCAGUAGACGUCAUCGCGGGAAACUAUCAGUCAUGGAAGUCUUCGGCAACCGAAGUGGGCGUGGUCAUUGUCGGAGGGGGCGUGGCCGGACUGACAGCGGCUAAGGUUCUCUUGGAAAACGGCGUCACUGACAUCUUGCUUCUGGAGGCCGACUCACGAGUUGGAGGUCGAAUCCGGACGCAUUGGGAAGGUGAUCCAUUAACAGAAGACGGACCCGAAUGGAUCGAAGGGGGCCCGUUGAAUCCUCUUUAUCAACUGGCGCUAGAAAUGGGGGAGUUAACACCUGAUCUCCCGGAGCCUAAAUGGGACACCAGGGUCGUGAGCACCGAAGGGCACGCUGAGGAUGGGAGCCUUUACGAUGUUCUGAAGGGCCUCCUGGCCGAACUUGAAAGCGAAGGCUUCCUUUUGCAACAUGAAAACCGGAGCGUCGGAGACAUCCUAACUGAGAGGUUCCGAGAAAGGCACGAAGGUUGGGACAGUGACGAAGGGAAGGCAUGGCUCCACACUCUGGAAAAGAUUACAAACGUCAAAAUUGGCACUGGAAACUGGACUUACCCUGCAGUGGGAGACAUGCUCAGUUACGUAUCCUUGGGAGAGUCCCACCACUGGAAAAAUGGAUUCGACGCUCUCAUCACUCAUUUAACGACGCCUAUCCCGGAAGGAAUCAUCCGAACGUCUACUCCCGUGAACAAAAUCUUCUGGGACGACGGUGGACGAGUUCUACUAGUGACCAAUAAUGGUCGGAAGUCGUUUUUAGCCCGGCAUAUAAUCGUAACCGUUAAUGAUGGUUAUUUGAAAGAGGACCAUCGAGCCCUUUUCCAGCCUCCUCUGCCGGUUACGUUCACUAGUGAUCUAAACAAUGUUGAGGUGACUGCGUCUAAUAAAGUCCAGAUGGGAUGGUCAGAGCCAUGGUGGGGAAGUACCAACCCGCUGUCCAUGGUAUUGCUUUGGAAGACCUUCAACCUCCCGAAGGAAAUGGAAUGGCUUUACGGAGUAGUACUAAUACGGAGUUUAGAGCAACGGACGAACGUGCUUCAAGCGAAUGUAAUGGGAAAUGAAGCCAUCUUGAUGGAGGAGCUCUCUGAAGAUGUAGUGAAAGAGCACUUCCUACACCUCCUCCGAAAGUCGACGGGUCUUCCAGUUCCCAAACCCACGUUCUUUAGAAGGACGAUGUGGGGACGAGACCUGGACAAGCACAAGAGACUAGCUGAGCCCUUGGUCAAUUCCAGAGGCAACAAAGUUGUCCUGUGGGCGGGAGAGCACACCCACAACGCUCGCUAUAGCAUUGUGGAUGGAGCGAUGGCUUCUGGCGAAGGCGCGGCCAAGGAAAUGCUAGAAAUUCUGAAGAAGCAUCCAGCUGAUAUUCUGACGGGCAGUUACAAGACUUGGAAUUCCUCUGCGAUCGACGUGGGCGUGGUCAUCGUUGGCGCAGGCGUAGCUGGUCUGUCGGCGGCCAAGACCCUCCUGGAGAGUAACAUCACAGACAUUUUGAUCCUCGAGGCUGACCAUAGAAUUGGAGGGCGAGUCAGGACUUACAGAGAAGGCGACAUAUUAAUAGAAGAAGGGGCGGAGUGGGUCCAUGGGAACCAGAGUAACCCUCUUCACCAAAUUGCGAAGCGUCUGGGAGCAUUAUCGCCAUAUGAACCUUACCACCUCAAAAAAUCCAGACUGGCGACCAACGACGGCCAACGAAUCAACGCCUCGGCUUUUGAUUUACUGGAUCUUGUCCUGGAAGGCAGCGAGGAUGAGCCCAACAGGAACGUCCUGGAGUAUCUUAACAGGAGCCUCGGAGAGUAUUGCACUGACCAGUUCCACGACAAAUUCGAAAGCAUUUUCCUACGACCGCAGGCCUCAACGUUUCUCUGAGUGAGGCGUGGCUUCACUUCCUGGAGUUGAUCAUCAGUUACGAGUGGGGAUUCGACAGUUGGAAGGACAUUUCCAUGGGUUCUUUGAUGCAGUACGAAGCAUACGGCGACGAGAACUAUCAGUGGAAUAACGGAUACGACACUUUCAUCGAUUACCUCAGG